AGCUCCGUAUCAGAGCAUCUCGUCAAUAUCCUUCCAUUGUACCCAGUUUCAUCGGCAAUCCAAAAUUUGGCACCUUUUUCUUGUCCAAAAGGUUAUCUUUGCAAAUUCGGGCUCCAAAUGGGACUUCGAAGGUGCCCAGAAGGCUGUUGUUUCUGCAACAACGGCUGAGAAACCCAAGAAACGUUAUCCGGGUGAGUCGAAGGGGUUUGUGGAGGAGAUGAGGUUUGUGGCCAUGAAGUUGCAUACCAAAGAGCAGGCGAAGGAGGGUGAGAAGGAAGUCAAGGAACCCGAGGAACAACGCGUGACCAAGUGGGAACUCACAAUUGAUGGAUAUUUGCGGUUUCUAGUGGAUAGCAAAUUGGUUUAUGAUACGCUGGAGAAGAUAAUUGAAGAUGCUGCUUAUCCUUAUUAUGCUGAAUUCAGAAAUACAGGAUUGGAAAGGUCUGCUAGUUUAGAAAAGGAUUUGCAGUGGUUCCGUGAACAAGGGCAUACCAUUCCUGAACCUUCCACCCCUGGUCUAACCUAUGCACAGUAUCUUAAGGAGUUAUCAGAGAAUGAUCCCCAGGCCUUCAUUUGUCACUUUUACAACAUCUACUUUGCCCAUACAGCAGGUGGUCGAAUGAUUGGUAGGAAGGUGGCUGAGAAGAUACUCAACAACAAGGAAUUGGAGUUCUAUAAAUGGGAUGGUGAUCUUUCCCAGCUACUGCAGAAUGUGAGAGACAAGUUGAAUAAAGUUGCUGAAGGAUGGACUCGGGAGGAGAAGAAUCAUUGCCUGGAAGAAACAGAGAAGUCAUUCAAAUUCUCGGGGGAGAUUCUGCGUUUAAUAUUAUCAUGAUGUAAUUAUUGCUCAGUCAUUAUCCACUUAAUCAUGUUUAACCAAUGGCGUAAGCCAACAACAGUGUGAAAUGUAUGAUCAUUCCGUCUUCAAUUCCACAUUUCCAUGUUAUCAACUCGUAA